GCUGGAGGCAACCCAGUCGACCUGCGGAUGCUGUGAACCAGGAGCUGACCAAAAAUAGUGGGAGAGCUCCAGGAUUCCUCCCCAGAAAAGAGUGCCUGCUGGGGUGUGUGCUGAAGAAUGGCUGCGGCAGAACCUCUGACUGCUUUCUCCCGAUGGUACCUCUACGCCAUUCACGGCUACUUCUGUGAGGUGAUGUUCACAGCUGCUUGGGAGUUUGUGGUCAACUUCAACUGGAAGUUCCCAGGUGUUACCAGUGUGUGGGCGCUCUUCAUCUAUGGCACCUCCAUCCUCAUUGUGGAGAAGAUGUAUCUAUAUCUCAAAGACAAGUGUAACAUUUUAGUGCGCUGCUUCAUUUACACACUUUGGACAUACCUCUGGGAGUUCACCACGGGCCUCAUCCUACGCCAGUUCAAUGCCUGCCCAUGGGACUAUUCCCAGUUUGAUUUUGACUUCAUGGGCCUGAUCACCCUGGAGUAUGCCAUCCCAUGGUUUUGUGCGUCUUUCAUCAUGGAGCAACUGGUGAUCAGAAACACCCUGCGCUUACGGUUUGAUGAGACUGCUGAGCCAGGGGCCCCCACUGUCCCUGUUGCCUUGGCCAACGGCCAUGUGAAGACUGAUUGAGCAGUGACUCAGAACCACACUUAGCAUUCUGAGAGAGCCCAGACCUCUACCACGGACUGUCAGCUCUGGCUCUGAGGUAGUGCUCCUUGCUGUAUGAUAAGAUUCAUAAACCCCAUUUUUCUGAUGGGGGUGUGCAUGGGAUAUACCAGAAAAAAAAUGGAACCAAUAGAUUUUCUAUGGAUUUUACUCUUUGGGCUCCAAGGACCAAUAUCAGUACUUGUUAGUUAGGUCAUUUCUGAUUUUAACUUAUUACAGAUGAAAGCAGUCCUUUUGCUUACUCUUUUAUGUGGAGAAAUAAGAAGAAAUGCUACAGUGAAAAUGCAUACAAAAAAAAAAAAACCUAAAUAGCGGGUGGGCAUGGACAUGCCAGCUAAGUUUGUGAUUGGCUUACUCUGAUAGGCAAUAUUCAGGUGCUCGCUUGCAACCAAUACCUCCCGUGGGACCUGAGAUGCUGCAUGAACAAGGAAAAUCCAUCUGCUGUUGAGAAGAACCUAAGAUUGGCAGUCUGCUGGGGAGGUAGAUGGUGUUGCCCUCAAGAGGUUCCAUUGGCCUCUCCCCAGGUUCUUUGUUGCACCAUGAAACGAUCUGGUGCUGGACAUCUUGCUGAAUUUAUACAGAUCUUGUACUUUUUGAAAUCUCAGUCCUGAUACUCACUAGAAUUUUUUUUCUUUUUUUUCUUUUUUUUUUAAAUAAAGGCCUUUUUUGCCAAGUGAAUUUUGCCAUAAUCUGUGCAAUCUGAAUCUUAGCAAAAGGCACAAGAAAUAGUGAAGUCUUCCUAUCUCCUCUGUCCCCUCAAAGCAGACCGUGCCUGAAGGGCUGCUGCAGAUUCCGGCUCCCAUCUCCGCUGUGCAAACCUUGUAGAGACUGUACAGGCCACAAGAAUUUUAUGCCUGCCUUCCCAGGGAUUCCUCUGUUUCUGGUGAUGUUGAUGACUUAGUCUGGCUGCAACCCACUGUAUUUGAAGGUCAAAACCUUCCUGUGGCUAAUGUGGUAUCCAGGAUUCGGUCUUCUGGCACUGACUCUCACCUCCCUUCAGCACUGGCAGGUCUUGGCUCAGUUCUGCCCAAGUGUCCUCCUCAGUGCAUCAAGAGGAUUUGCUUUUUCUUCCCAAAUUCUGCGUUAAAUAACCACAGCCAUGUUGUCAUGACAAUAAUUGGAGGCCGCAGGAGAUAUGCCAUGCUGCCUGAUACGUUAUUAAAAACAAACAAAAGCAAAAACUCCCUCUCUGAAGAGCACUUCUUCAUGCUCUGCCUGAGUGAGGCUUCGAGGUAGGGUGCAAGAGCAGCAGCAGAGACGCGGAGCAAGAGGGAGCACUGUGGCUCCACUGCAGAGCUACCUGCACCAGGGACGGUUUGAAAUCUAACCUACUGGGGACAUUUGAGAAGCAUAGGGAAAGUUGUAGUGCAGGGAAAGAGCUUGAUAGUGGCAGCCACAUGCUCAUAAUUAGUUCUGGCAAGACCUGCCUUUCGAAGUUAGAAACAAACACGGAGCUUCCCACUGUCAGAUGCUUCUCACUCCUAACUGGUUUAUGGGGGAGGCUUGCUGUAGGAGCCCUGUAGGGCCAGAUUAAUUUCAGGUGUUCUUCCACCAUAGUCAACAGAGUUGCACCAGGGAUCAAUUCGGCUUGAACUGCAAGCAUGCUAGUGUGGUUGUGGGAUCCAUUCUUGUACUGGAAAUGGCCAGGCUAUUUCUUUGUGGGUCCCCUGUCUCUGGGAGGGAGUGCUCAGUUGUGAACCUGCUCCUUGCCACGGGGUGUCCAUUCCUGAGGGGAAAAGCACUCCUGGCCCUGGGAGGAGAAUUGUGUGUUGGUUCUGCUCUUAUGAAGGCAGUGUUAAUCCUUUUUUUUGAUCACACAGAAUGCAAUUAUUUUAUUCCUCCCCUCCCCCUCUCACAUGGCAUCAGUUGCUGGCAAUGGACACACGAAAACACUGGCAGCAAGGAAUUAAUCCAGUCUGCCCUGGGGAAUGCAAUGUCUCCUGAAGCACUCAGAAUACUUAGGUGGGGAUUUAGAGUUCCCUUUUUAUAGUUCAUUAAAUCAAAAGAGAACAAACAGUGAACAGAUUUUUUUUUUUCAUGCUGUGAUGCCAGUAUAUGAAAUCAGACGAGCAGUAUGUAGUUCGUCAGCCUGGAUGGUCUUGGGUGUGUAGACCCAGGCAAAAUAGUCACCUGACACUGUACAUGGGGCAAAAAAAAAAAGAUGAGAUUUGUACAUGGGAUAACGGAGGUGGGCUCUGCUGGACCAGAACAAGAAUUGCAAGGUGCAGGUGAGAGUUGGGAUCCCCCUGUUUUGGCCCUGGUUCUGCCAGCGUCAUUUAAUGCUGUGUCUAAAGCUGGGUUGUCCUCUCACAGCAUCGCUAAGUGUGGUGUCGUGCUGCCUCCUACACCACCCCUGCAUCAUCUGAAAACCUCAGCUUCAUAGAAACAUCCUUAGGAUCCCUGCUUUCUCCUUUGCUGUUACAAAACUCUUUUAAAAGGUUAAAAGGAGUUAGUAACACGGUUUAGUGACUCCCAGCUGCAGCCGGGACUAGGGGAGGAGUGGCUAUUCACAAAGCUAACGUGAUGCACAGUCGCAGUCAUGUGUCUUGACUUUAGAAGCUUCUCUGCUAAAUGACACUGGUUUUGCUCAGUGAUGUAAUAUUUAGAUGCUCAAGCUACGGAGGGGUUUCCCAGCAGCAUCUAGUAUCUUAUUCCAUUAUCCUUAUUGCCUGUGCCAUUGUAACAGCUGUUGUAGUCUGCUUUCCAUGGAUGUCUGACAGGUACCACCUAGCUAUUGCAUCCUCAUAGAGUGGUAACUUACUCCCAGAAGUGCACUUUACUUGCAGCUUGCACACCAGAAACAGAAAGGGACCCAGCAAAUUCUUAAAUCAAUUGAAAUAAUUAAACAUAAUACCAUGUACCUAAUGCAGCAGGAUCAGUCAGACUUCUCCUUUCUGAGCAACAUGGCUACAGUCAGAGCUUUGUCUUUUCUGCAAAAUCUCCCUUUUUAAUACAUGUGAUGCUUACAGAAGUGCCCGGAGCACGUUACUGGGGUCUCGGUGGCAGCUCAUCAAGAGCUCAAGAGCUGGACUGAAGUGGUAGAGACAUUUACAUUACGUGAAAAAAAAGAAACAAAACGCACAAGGCCUACCAUUUGUUUGUACGUGUAUCUUACUCAGUAGAUUAAAGUUGCCUGUUUUGAGUUCACCAGCAAUAAAAAAACCUUGUGAUUUA